UGGUAUCAUACCUUCUUGCGUUGUUCCUUAUUUAAAUGACUCUUGUUCUUCAUUUUUCUCUAUCUCCCCACCCAUACUUUUUUUCCAUCGCCCUCUAAGGAAACUCUUUCAUCCUCCAUAGUCAUUCUACACAGUACUCAUUGUUACUGUCUGCAGAAAUAUUAAUAUUGUAUUUUCCGCUUGGAAGUUUUGCAUAUGCUUAGGUUGUGAAGUUGCAUGGUUUUCCAGGUGGUGGUUGGUAAUUAAUUAAGGUGUGAGAUUGGAAGUUGGAUCAAGGGGUGAGAUGGAUUCGUCUACGUGGUGGCUUAUUUUAUCUGGUAUGGUAGCGUAUGUGAUAUGGUUCAAGUCAAUCACACGGUCGUUAAGUGGUCCACGUGUGUGGCCUGUUUUGGGCAGUUUGCCAGGCUUAAUCCAGAACGCUAAUCGUAUGCAUGAUUGGAUCGCUGAUAAUCUUCGUGCGUGUGGAGGCACUUACCAAACCUGUAUUUCUCCCAUCCCUUUUCUAGCACGGAAGCAAGGUCUCGUGACUGUCACGUGCGAUCCCAAAAACCUUGAACAUAUUCUCAAGGCUAAAUUCGAUAAUUACCCAAAGGGCCCGACUUGGCAAGCUGUUUUCCAUGAUCUACUUGGUGAAGGGAUCUUUAACUCCGAUGGUGACACGUGGCUUUUCCAGCGUAAGACUGCUGCACUGGAGUUCACCACCCGGACCCUCAGACAAGCCAUGGCUCGUUGGGUAAACCGAGCUAUCAAACUUAGGUUUUGUCCCCUUUUAAAAACAGCUCAGCUUGAAAACAAGCCGGUUGACUUACAAGACCUUUUGCUUCGGCUCACUUUCGAUAACAUAUGCGGCUUGGCUUUCGGAAUGGACCCACAAACUUUAUCCCCCGGUUUACCGGAAAAUAGCUUCGCAUCGGCUUUUGACCGAGCCACUGAAGCCACCCUGCAACGCUUUAUCUUGCCGGAGAGUAUAUGGAAGCUGAAGAAAAUGCUUGGGCUCGGUAUGGAGGUUGACUUGAGCCAAAGCUUAAACCACGUGGACACCUAUCUGACAGCUGUCAUUAAUACACGUAAGCUGGAGUUGCUGAAUAAGGUCGGCGCCGACGGUGGCACCCCCCAUGAUGACUUGCUCUCUCGGUUCAUGAAGAAGAAAGAGUCAUACUCAGACACGUUCCUACAGCAUGUGGCACUCAAUUUCAUCUUAGCUGGACGUGACACGUCAUCAGUGGCGUUGAGCUGGUUUUUUUGGCUCGUAAUUAGAAAUCCCAGAGUCGAAAUGAAAAUCUUGACAGAGCUGUGUGCAGUUUUAAUAGAGACACGUGGCAGUGACACGAGUAAAUGGUUAGAGGAGCCUUUGGGCUUCGAAGAAGUUGACCAAUUGACAUAUCUGAAAGCAGCAUUAACGGAGACACUCCGGCUAUACCCAUCGGUUCCGGAGGACUCCAAGCACGUCGCGGCCGAUGACAUCCUACCAGACGGCACGGUUGUUCCGGCUGGUUCCUCCGUCACUUAUUCAAUUUACUCCACUGGUCGGAUGAAAUUCAUCUGGGGAGAAGACGUUCUCGAGUUCCGGCCGGAGCGGUGGUUAACCGACGACGGUAAAAAGUUCGAGAUCAUGAAGGAUCAAUUCCGAUUUGUCUCAUUCAACGCCGGACCCAGAAUUUGUUUAGGCAAGGACUUGGCAUACUUACAAAUGAAGUCGAUAGCGGCAGCUGUAUUGCUCCGCCACCGCCUCUCGGUGGUUCCCGGCCACCGUGUAGAGCAAAAGAUGUCACUAACUCUGUUUAUGAAAUACGGUCUUAAAGUGAAACUCCACCCACGGGAUUUGGCACCCAUAGUGGCCAAAAUCGGUAGCACGGGGAUAGCACGUGAUCGAGAGUCGAUGAAUUGUUAAUAUUAUUAUUUAUUAUUGGUGCGAUGAUAUAUAAGAACUAAAGUACACUAUCGGCUUACUUUAUGCUGCAUCACAGACGGUUUUAUGGUCACACGAUCAAAAGCGUCAUAAACUAAGACAUCUCACAGGUUACCUGAUUGCCAGGAAGAAAAGAAUUGGCAAAUUUAGAUUGUGAAAAUAUCCAAGUGUUUCACAAGUUAUUACCUUUUUUAUUUUUUUGCGAAUAAAUAAUAUAUACAUGUAAUGAAUAUUAUAUAUCUUUUUUUUUCAAUGAAGGGUGAUUAAAUUAUUCA